GUUGCUUAGCAACCGAAGUGAAACAAACCGAAAAAGUGCUCUUUGAAAACAACGUAGCUAGCUUGUUUGCUAGCUAGACAAGGUGGUAAUUUGGAAGCUGGUGUGCUUUCCCUACAGGUCUGGCUAAUUAUAAUGUUGCUAUUUGUUUCUGACUAAUUGUUUUUUCCUGUGAUGGCUGAAAUCAUAAUGUGUGAGCCAUUUGAGCUCUACAAUCUUCUCAACCGGUUCAGCCGCGUGUCGAGGCUGGCCGAGAUCAACUUCCUCUGUGUGAUUGAUGCUCGUGAAACCCAAGACUACAGAACGAGUCACAUCAUAACAGCUAAACAUGGCAAAAUGGAUCCAGAGGGCAUGCUCCUCCUGCCAGAGGCUAUGGAGGUUGACGGUAUGCAGCACGUGGUGGUCUAUGACAGCAACACAAACUGUUUACAGGAACAAGGCAGAGCCGUUGAAUGUGCCCAGGCCUUAGCUAAAGCUAACAUCUGUCCAGUCCAUGUACUGAGAGGAGGAUUUCAGAAGUUCUCAGCUCUAUACCCUUUUUUAAGGACUGAGAAAAUCCUGUACACCAUCAUGGAGCUGGAAAACCUGAAGACUUAUCCAGUGGAGAUCAUAGCAGGACUGCUGUAUAUGGGCAACCAGGAACAAGGCAUGGAGUCCAGCAUCCUCAAAGACCUGAAAAUCAGCGCCGUCAUCAGCCUCUCACAGAGUAACACUCUGGAAUCCAUACAGGAGAACCCGACCGUGGUUAACAUCCCUGUGGCCGACUCAGUGGUGUCUGAUUUAUAUUCAAGUCUUGAAAGGAUUUGUAGUAUUAUUAGUUCCCACAUCAACAUGGGCUCUCGGGUCCUGCUCGUUUCCAGGCAGGGCAGAAGCCGCUGCAGUGCUGUCACCAUUGCCUUUCUCAUGCACCACCUCAAAUACACAUUGGAGGAGGCCUGGAAAUUCGUGCUUAAAUGUAAACCCAACAUGAGGCCAAACACGGGGUUUCUCCAGCAGCUGUCUGAGUGGGAGCUUCUCACCAUGGGAACCAAAGUGACUGAUAUCUCCGAGCCCCAUUUUUAACAAAGGAACUAGCUUUGAUGAUAGUGUAAUGUUAUUUUGUACAUUU